AUGUCCAAGACUCUCGCCUUUGGGCUCAGCGUGUCCGGAAAAGCCGGCGCAGCCAAGCCCAAGCCGAAGCCUCUCCAGAAACCGUCCGCCUUUGGAGGGCACGACGAUUCCGAUCAGGAGGAGCAAGAAACAGGCGCUUCCGAGCCGCAAGAACUCGACGGCGACCUCUACGAUGACCUGGAAAUGGCACGCACGGACCCGGCGGCGUCGCAGAAAAGGGCCAGGAGAAAACCCGGAGCGCCCGCGCAGCCCCCGAAACUGAAAUCACAAUCGCGCCCCGCUGCGCCGUUUGGCGACCUGUCGAGCUCGCUCCUGUCGCGGAAAAACGCCCAGGAAGCUGCGGAGCUGGAUUCCACCAUCUACGAGUACGACUCGGUAUACCACUCGUUCAACCCGCCCAAAACCGCCACCACCAAGGAGCCUGCGGAGCGAAAGCCAAAGUACAUGCGAAGUCUGCUCCAAGCAGCCGAGGUCAGAAAACGAGACGCCCUGAUCGCGGAGGAGAAGAAGAUUGCCAGGGAGCGGGAAGCCGAAGGCGAAGAGUACGCGGGCAAGGAAAAGUUCGUGACGGAAGCGUACAAGAAGCAGCAGCAGGAGAACAGGAGGCUGGAGGAGGAGGAGAAGCGCAGGGAGGCAGAGGAAGCAAAGGCGAACAAAGGCGGGGGCAUGUCGGCCUUUUACCGGAAGCUUCUGGACAAGGGGGAACAAAGACAUGGCGAAAUCGUAAAGGCCGUCGCGGAGAGGGCCAAGCUUGGGCCUGCGCCGGAUGAUGAUGAUGAUGCGGUCGACGACGACGAACCCUGCGCGGACAAGUCGGAGGCGCAGUUGGCACAGGAGCUGAACGAAAAGGGUGCGUCCGUCGCGGUCAACGAAGAAGGCCAGGUCGUAGACAAGCGGCAGCUGUUGAGGGGUGGUCUCAAUGUCGGCUCCAGGAAGAAAGAGGAGGUUCGGAAGCAACAAGCGGAGCAUGUUCAAGAAGCUGACAAGAGGCAUGUGAGCCAUGCUCAAUUCGGAAGAAAGCAGGCCAUGAGGGAGCGCCAGUCUCGGAUGAUGGAAGAACAGCUUGAGCAGUCAUUAAAACGAUCGAGAGAAGCCCAAGAGGCGCAGCGGCACGACGUGGAGCGCGCGCUGAAGAGCAGGAAGACGGAGAGCGACAUAUCCAGCGCGAAAGAGCGUUAUCUCGCGAGAAAGCGCGCUGCAGAGGAGGCCAAGAGGCAAGACAAGGCAACGUAG